AUGAGUGUUGAAAUUGUUCCACCGAUUCCGCGAUCUGAUGCGAUCGGACAAAAACGACGAAUUGAUCUUUUAAAAACUGCUCAACGAGACAAACAACAAUUAUACGAUAUGCUCAUUCGAAUAGCUGCAUCUCAUGAACAUUUUGAUAUUGAAGAAGAUUAUCAUAUUCUACAUCAAGCCGGCUGUUUUCCCACGUUUAUUCUUCUAUCUGAUGAUGAGGAUGGAACUCCUGAGAGUUGGAUUCGCAAGGAAAUUAGUAAAGAUUAUGCAUUCCAAGACCAUCCUGUACUCAAUGAUCGUUAUCUACUUUUAAGUCUCAUUGGUAAAGGUGGUUUUAGUGAAGUUCAUAAAGCAUUCUGUUUAAAAGAACAACGUUAUGUUGCCGUUAAAGUUCAUCAACUUAAUAAAGAAUGGAAAGAAGAAAAGAAAGCAAAUUAUAUAAAACAUGCAUUACGUGAAUGUGAUAUUCUUAAAACACUUGAUCAUCCUCGCAUUGUUCGUCUUUAUGAUGUAUUCGAAAUCGAUACAGAUUCAUUUUGUACUGUUCUUGAAUAUAUCGAAGGAAAUGAUAUAGACUUUUUUUUAAAACAACAUAAAUAUAUUCCUGAAAAAGAAGCACGUUCAGUGGUUAUGCAAACUGUAAGCGCUUUAAGAUAUUUAAAUAAUGGUAUAAAACCACCUGUGAUCCAUUUUGAUUUAAAACCUGCCAAUAUAUUAUUGGGUACUGGUACAAGUAGUGGUGAAAUUAAAAUAACAGAUUUUGGUUUAAGUAAACAAAUGUGUGAAGAUACAUAUGAUCCUGAACAUGGAAUGGAUUUAACAUCUCAAGGAGCUGGAACAUAUUGGUAUCUUCCUCCGGAAGUAUUUGUUCAAGGACCAAAUCCUCCAAAAAUCUCUUCAAAAGUCGAUGUAUGGAGUUUAGGUUGUAUUUUUUUUCAAUGUUUAUACGGACGAAAACCUUAUGGUCAUAAUCAAUCUCAAGCAGCAAUCUUAGAAAAUCAAACAAUAUUAAAAGCCAAAGAAGUUGAAUUUCCACCUAAGCCAAUCAUAUCCGAUGGAGCAAAAACAUUCAUUAGACGUUGUUUAACUUAUAAUGUUCGUGAUCGACCAGAUGUAAAUCAAUUAAGUGAUGAUGAAUAUCUUCGUUCAUAUCCAAAACGUUCGACAACUAAUGCGUCAGCUCGAACAGCUCAAUUAUUAAUGAAUGACAGUUCAAAUUGA